ACGUGGUUUUUUCGGAACUCUUCUCCUCCAAUCAGCUUCGAGCUGUCGGCCGGACGUUUAAUCGCCGCUGUUUUGAUUUUGUCCUUGCUGUCUGGCGGUGAUUGCUGUGUCAGCUGAUCCCUGAGCUGCUUCUGAUAAUGAUCCCCCUCCUCAGCAAGUUUCAGCCCAGAUGGAGGAGUUUACCCUUCAGGCCACCGCCUGCAGGAGCUACGGUAGCUCCCAAGGUCAGGCUGUCCACAGCUCCUCCAGAACCCGUCAUUCCCUCUAAGAAGCCCAUAAAAGUGGAGCUAGUCGGAGGAAAGCGAUACGCAUGGUGCAGCUGUGGACACAGCAGGAAACAGCCGUUCUGCGAUGGAGCCCACAAAACCAGAGCGCAGGGAAUGACUCCGCUCCGCUUCGUACCAGAGAAAGACUCCACGGUGUGGCUGUGCGGAUGCAAGCACACCAGCAGCCCUCCUUACUGCGACGGCACACACAAGCAGGACUUCAUCGUGUCCGCGCCGCUGCACGAACACGCAGACUGAAGACGGCGGAGGAGGCCUCAUCGGUCUGUGGCAGAGAAAACAGCCCUCUGGGCCAAUCCCUGAUUUCUUUUUUACUCUCGGGACGGGAUCCGUUUUGCCCAAAACAUUCAUCGGUGGGACAUGUCGCCGGGGAACUAAGAGCAAAUCUACUUCUGCUGAAAUGUGAGACUCUAAACAGCGCUAAGGACACAAAGGUUUCCCCCUCUUAACUUCUAAGACUAGUGUGUGAUUUUUACCGCAAAAUGGAGUAUGACGUCAAAAAAAACCAAUUCAAAGCCAAAAUAAAAUCAUCAUGAUUCUUCCGUCUGUGUACCUUAGGUUCUCUAGACGCUGUAAUUAGGGACUUCCUGCAUUUCUGGUCUGGAUUAUUGUAACUGGACUAGUGACAAGUAAAAGAAAAACAUCUCAAAGAGGUGAUUGUAUGCCUGAGUUUGUUACGAAAUCAGAACAAAGCAACGAUUCAGAGGGACAUUCUUGUCGUGAAAUGCUCUCCCUACUAGAUAUUCUCAUGCGUUAGCGGUUUAUAAACAAAGUGGAGGUGAAUGGCGACUCAGACACAGAGCUGUCCCAUAAUGUGGACGCUGAGGCUCUCAGUGCACAGAGGUAACAGAAUUUCCAAAGAAUCAACGCCUACAGACCUCCAAACGCUGUGUAGCCGUCAGAUCAGCUCAUGAACGGGACAUAGAGCGCUUCAUUGGAUGGUUUCGCCUGGCUGAGCUGCUGCAUCCAAGCCUUACGUCGCGCAAAGCUUAUUUUAAGUUACGCCUGGACUGUAGAGCGAUGGAGACAUGAUCUUUGGGGUGAUGAAUCAUGCCUUUCUGUCAGCAGUCUGACGGAGGCUCCUUCCUGUGCCAACAUAUCUGUACAUGAAGUAAUAAUGACAGUUUGGUAUCAAAGACCUUGAUUCCUGACCAAAACACCAACAGAACCCCUUCAGGAGCCAGGCGUCCAUCAUCAGCGUCCGGCCUCACAAACGCACACUGGAAGGAUAGUCCAAUCAUUUCCACACGCACACGUCGUGGAACGCCUUCGCAGAAGAGUUGGAAGCUGUU